AUGGCUGGCCGCAGCAGAGGAUCAAGCCCAGAGCCAAUUGACCUUGAUAAUUGCCGGCCUUGGUCCCCUAAGCCCAUUCCUCCUCCUCAUGCCGGGGGCGGGCACAGCACAGUGCCGGAGUGCUAUGCCCAUUUCCGGCCACGUGGGAGCAGAGAUGCCAGCAGUCCAUUCUCAGGGGCAAAACGGGGGCAGGGGGUUGAGGGAGCGGUGAGCGCCUUUAAGGAGUGGGCGCCUUGGCGAGCUUUGUGGUGCGGGCAUCAGGGCACUGCCGUAGGCCCCGCGGAGCUGGCGCUGUCGUGUGGCAUCCGUGUGUGCCUGGAGGGGCUGCGCGCCGGCACCGAAUCCAGCUCCGGCUCCGACUCCAGGCCCAGCUCGAGGCCCAGCUCCGGCCCCGCCGCCUGCGCCGCCCCCUCUUCCUCCGCCAGAAACACUUCCACGGACGCCGGCUCGGCGGCCCCCCACGGAGCGAUGGCCCCAGCUGUCCCUAGGAACCCCCACCCCGCACUGCUCCGCCUGGUCCUCCCUCUCCAGCUCCCGCUGCUGCUGGGCGCAUGGAUGGAGUCAGGAUGGGGUCAGACCCCACCGACCCCAGAAGAUGAGGAGCUGGAGACCGUGAUGUACGUGCGUCUGCUGCGCAGUUCCCUGAUGGUGGAGGUGCCGCAGGAGGCCCUGGACCAGUCCCUGCUGCGGUUCCGUCGCCUGCACCUUGAUUUCCCCCGCCGCAGCAGCCCCGGCCGGGGCAGUGAGUACUGCACCGGCCUCAUGGCCUGGCGCGGGGUGGCGGGGCCCGGUGGCUCCUGUCCACCCCGCAACACGUUCAUCCACGCGCCACUGGAGGCUGUGCGCUCUGUGCGCCUGGCACCCAACAUCAGCUGCGGCCCCGAGCGGGAGGCUCGCUGCUACCAGAGCUUGCCGCUCGCCACCACUGAGUGCCAGCUCGCCACCGGCACCACUCCUCCCAACUGCCAAUACUUUAGUGUCAGCAUAGCCAAGAAAGUGGUCCUGGCCCAGCUGCCUGGCUCCCUGCAAGGCUGGCUUGUUCCCAUCUUCUAUCAGUGAAACUCGGGUCCCUUCCCUCUCUCACUUGCUUGCUCUAUCCAUCCAUCCAUCCAUCCAUCCAUCCCUCCUCCACACACCCCACCUUUGCUUUUGGGCCCUUCAACUACAUGUGCACAAGCUCACCUAUACUUGUGUACGGAGGCACUCAUGCACACCGGCACACACGCUUGCAUAGGCCAGACUUCCCAGGAGAGGCAAGUACACAACUAUGACAGCACUAGAGCUGUUUGCAAACACACAUCCCACUCCAACACAGGCUUUCAUGUCCAAACACACACGCACACACGCACGCGCGCACACACACACACACUCACUUUAGUGCCUUAGGGGACAUAAGGGGAAAUAUCAGCCUGUGACCUAGUCCCCGACCCAGGACAUUGCUCAUUCUCAUCACCCCCAUCCUCCCUUCUUGGGUCCAUACAGAGGAUCGAACCCAAAAGCUUCCCUCUUUCCUCUUAACCUAAACUUGAGGUUGCUAGGCCUGCAG